AUGUCUGAAGACGAAGCAUCACCGACGAAACGCCUACGUGCCGACCCCGAUGCAACGCCAACUAGGCCCACGCUCGGGCCGAAAUACAGCUCGAGUUAUUCGCGUGGCUCGGGGAGCAGCACGUCGGCCGCUAGCAGACAUAGCCGUAACGGCACAAAAAGCCCAACUAAACGUAUAGCAUACUUGCAAAUGGAACAACUUAUCGAUUAUAAGCCAUUUGGGGGAAGCGAAGCGCCUCCCACAGCCCUCCAGGACUUCGUGAAAGAGAUCAAACAAUACGCUACUGGGAUAGGUAUCCUAUCACAUGAUGAAUUGGAAAAAUUCAGAGAUGCCAGACGCGACGAUAAUCUCUUUAGAGAUAUACUUGAGACAAAGGCGGUGGUUGAUGAGACCGAUCGACGAGAGCAGCUGGGUAAACUACCCGACGUUAGAACGCUAAUCGAAAUCUGGAACGAUGCUCAGGAGUGUCUGUUGGACGGCCAUGCUGAAGCAUCAUGGAAUUGCAGCGUCCAUUUUCCCUUAAUGAAAGUAUCACUUCAGCUGGCGGCGGCCAACAGCGCCAAUGGCCCCUGUCAAACCAGCGACAGCAGCCUCCGGCGAGAUGCCCAAAUUACUCCAUUCAAUGUGACGACCGCUCAGAUUGUGGCUCCAUAUACUACAACGACUGUCUCAACAAAACACGACAGACGUAUUGACUUCUGCAUAUGCAUAAGCCCUCGCCGAAAAUCUGCCCUAAGCAGUGCGAUCUGCCAUGUAGCUAAGCAGUCCGAUCACUUCUCCAUCAACCAUUCAGACUAUCCGCCGCUUAUCGCCAGGCCAAUCGGUGUGAGCUUUGAGGCCAAGCUGCCUGGCUCUGAUUGGCAGCCUGCCAUAGAACAACUCAGCGCAUGGAUGGGGGGACACUGGAUGCGCAUCAGCGAGCUGAACCAGAGUGCUGAUGAUAUAGCUGACCUACAAUAUCUCCCAGGAAUCAUCAUCCAGGGUCAUGACUGGCACUUUAUAGCCGCAACGCGCGGGCCAGAAUCCGCAAUGAGACGUAUCAAUCAGACCAUGGCUAUUAGGGCAGUUGAGAUGACACGCUCGUUCGACGAAUACCAAAAUGUAUCGUGUAUAUGUUUUUUGUUCUUUCCGUUUCCCCUUCUCGCCGUCGUCGUUCCCAGUUAA